GGGCGCUCAUGCAUUUGAUUACAAAUGAAUUGCAAAAUUGAAGGCUAGAAGGGCGACUAGGAAAUUUUCGUCUCUCUAUCAUGUAAUCAGAGCGCAGCUCCUAGUAAAAAAAUCAAUCAGCAACAAGGUUAUUUUUUUUCAGACGGUUUACUAUAGAUUCAUAUUUUGAUUGUAACUUCUUAAAUUUUUCGUACUGCAGGGUUUUCUCUCUGCACCUCAGCGGACUCUUUAUGUACUUAUUCUAUUGGACGACAAUUUUUAGAAUUUCGAAGUCAAUCGAGAAGUCAAUAUGCAUAACAAGAGGCAUAAUAGCUAACGCGCUGUUAACGAAUUUGCUUCGAAUGGAGAUAAAAAGUUAACAACAACAACUUCAUCUUGAACCUAUUCCCAUAACUAAAACUUCGAAGAUGCGAGUUGUACUAGCCCUGUACAAUGCUCUUUGGGCGAUUCCUACCGCUCUGUAUGAAGAUUUUAGAGUGAUGGUGCCUUCCCUGAUGACGCGGCAGGGUGCCCAGCUCCUGAUCGCGGUCUUUGGUGGGUUGUUGAUCAUCGUACUCCUGUUUGCCGGUGCCGCGAUGUCCACGUUUGAGCGGGCAGAAGAAACUACAUCUACUCCAGGAGGCUCAAAUAAAUCUACUUCCGCAAAGACCGGAGGAAAGGCUGGUAAGCGAGGAGGGAAAAAUUCGAGCAACUUGAAGGACAAAGAUUCAACUCUUAAGGCUUUUUUUUGGAAAUGUUCGUUGGAAAUGUUCGAUCAUUGGUCAGUAGGAUAGAUACCCAUUCGAAAAGUAGAGUGAAUGAUCGCGGCUCAUUUCUCUGAUCCUUUUUUAUUUCACAUUUGUUCCUAUAAUAAGCGAUCCUUGUACAACUACAACCUGCUUACGCAGUAUUGUUUUUUGGCUCUACUUCAGCAACCCGUCACGUCUGCCAGUUUUCCUGAUCUCAACCACACACCCAAUCUAAACCACUUAAACAAAAAGAAAUCUAAACCACACACCCAGUUUUCCUGGUGGGCCCGCACCUAACCUAACCUAAACCACACUCCUCCUAACUUAUAUCUAACAAGUAACCUAAAACACACGAACCACACCACUCCUAACUUCGAAAACUCAAAAUAACCGAGUUACUGACUGAAAUAAGGGAGGUAGCUUAACGCCAAGUGGUUACUCUUCCUUCUCAUAAGUUGCAUCUCGGUUAUUCUGAUCAGUUACUUGCUUAUUUCAGUUUUUCGAAUAUCUAACGUUAGCACGCAAAGGGAUUCUCCUUUCCAAUCUAACGUGAGCACGACCCGAUCCGAGGAACGGCAAAGGGAUUCUCCUUUCCAAUCUAACGUGAGCACGACCCGAUCCGAGGAACGGCAAAGGGAUUCUCCUUUCCAAGAGCAUUUUGGCGCAGAAUUUGGCGACGGUGA